ACUUCGUUUUCCCCAACGCUACCACUCCCCCACUCGUCACUCUUCCCGCAUAACCAUGCACAACUCAGAACCAGUCACCCCCCCCAACCCUCUCUCCCCCUCCUCUGUCGCAGCCGGUCCGCUCCCAAAGAGUGAUUCCGUUCACUCUCUCGUUUCGAUUCUUAACUGCCCCUCUCCCGCCACCGCUUCUUUUGAACAGCCCAGCGUCGUUCGCGGUGUUGAUGACAAGGGGGAAACCCAAAUUGUCAAGCUCCACGAUGAUGUCGACUACAUCUCUCUUUCAGGCCGCGGACUCAAGACUGUCUCGCUUUCCGCGCUGCAGGCAGCACCCGUCGCAGAUAAUCUUCGCGAGAUAUCGCUUGCGGCGAAUACCUUAGAGAUGGUUGACCUCACUCCGCUCUCAACCUGCCACGGUCUCUCAGUCCUCUGUCUCAACAGCAACCGCCUCGCUUCCAUUGAUCUAGCACCGCUUGCGAGCUGCGUCAAGCUUGAAAGGCUUUGGUUGCAUGACAACAAGCUUGAAAAGGUUGACCUUGGACCCCUCAGAGCUUGCAAGUCUUUGAGGUCCUUGUAUCUUGAAGACAACUCGCUUCAUGAAUACCCUCUCAACCUCGAGGCUCUUUCAUCUAGCAUGAAACUCCGUUCCUUGCGACUGGGAGGCAACCGCUUGGGAGGCACUCUCGACUUGACUCCGCUUCUUCAGUGCCCAGCCCUUUCCGUUCUCAAUAUUGAUUCCUCCAUCGCCCUCAUCUCGGAUGGUGAGUCCUCUCAAGCAAGAGUGUCCCCGGCACUCCGCAGAAUCGUCCUUGAUAUCAAGUUUACGGGCAAGGUCGUUGGCGAAAGGACCCUCAAGAGAAGAACAACUCCACCAAUAUCACCAAAGGCCGGGUUCUCCCCGACUAGACUAAGAAGACGCGUAUUGGCUGAAAGUUCCAUAACCUCGGAUCUCGCCCCUGGCUCCCUCUCUUUGACUCCAGGUGAGAGGACAGGAAAUGCGAUUCCUUCGCCAAUCGUGAAAGUUCUGCUCGUCGGCUUUCGACGACUAGCGCGAUAUGCGGCCGAAGACUCUUUCACAAAAUGUGGAAAGAUCAUGAUUAGAGCUGCAAAUCAGGACGUUGCCUCCAGGGAUCCCGGACUUCUGCUAGACUCGCACCUCAUUAUAUUGUAUGCGCCGCCUGAGAAGACUCUUCGUCAGAUCACAGUCGUUGUUGGUAGAAUACCCACAGUCGUAAUUGGAACAGGGCGCUAUCGUUCAACUGCGGAUAACCGCAUGUUGGAACUCCUCGACCGAUUCAACUUUUACGCUGACCCACUGGACCCCGAAGACACUCGCGUCGUGUAUAACAUGGGCAAAGCAUUUGCUUCUAAUACGAACCAGCUUAAUUCGCAUGGUACCCUAAAGCAUAUCGGCGACGAGUCAUUGGAUUCAAGUCCUUUAAGUGAAGAAGAAGGCAACGAGAUGCUUCGAAAGUCAUAUUCAGUGCCUUCGAUUGAAACCCUUGAAUGCCCCGGGAUAGCAAUUGAGGGCAUUGAUGACGAUGAGGGGCAUGUACGAGAUACCGAAUUUGAUGCACCUGGAUAUGAAAUAUCUCGGACUCACAGCGCUGACGACAUCCUUGAUGAUUUGCUCAAUGAUCAUAUCAGUCAUCUGCCUGCGAAGACGUGGAGCGAGGUCACGAGGAGGUUGCGGGAUCGAAGAGGGAUGAAGGUGGGAAGGGCACGUAUUCGAUCCCAAGAAAUUAGCAUGCACGGAAAGAAUAGGCUUCGUGCUGAGCGUGCGGCGAUCGAAGUGGCAUUCUCGGACCUCGGCGGCUGCGCGACAGCGGAUAGCUGUUCUGGUAUUGCUCGUUCUUGCGGGCUGCCGAAAUGUGCAGGACCGCUGCUAUUCCAAGCUGCUUUUGGAUCGUCUUUCGAGAUUGAAUCGACCACUCCAGAAGCAGGAGUGCCAAACCUACCACUGGAACGGAAGAAUCGGCGCAUAUCUGGUGAUGCGUUUCUGGCAUAUUGGGAUUCGAGACUGAAGGAAUGUGAAGGGGAAGAAAGAUUGUCAAACCUAUUGAUCGAUCGAUAUGCAUCUCUUGUACCGCUUCCCGGGAAGCUCACAGGACACAGUGAGUACGGGGCGCCCCUCCCAAACGGAGCAUCGAGACUCGUGCCGCGCAACUUCUCCGAGUUUGAUCUUACCGCAUACUCGUCGCGGCUAAUUGGAUCACACCGUAAUAAGCUGACGCGAAGGCGUUCAGGCGGCAUGUCGACCGAUAUCUCUUGCCCAUGUGACUCUGGUAUUGAACUACUGAUCUCGUCGUUUAUGGAAGCGCGGUCUUCUAGGUUUGGAUCAUUCGCGCUCGUGAAGAUGUCCGAAGCUAUUGCGAUUGGGUCUUCUCUUGUGAUGUAUGGGCUUCGGGGUGUAAGUAAGAAUCCGGUCGGCGGACAUGCGAGACCGGUUUGCCCGAAGGAAGUGCGUGAAGGGAAACUGAACGCAGCACUCGUGGCUGCUGAAGCAGGAAUCUUUGAGGGAGUCGCAAGCGGACUGUCAAUGGGUCAGAUUCGUUCUGUGAAGGGAUCCUUCGCAACAGAAGCGUGCCCUACAGCUGUGUCCCGCAGUGGAGGUUUGGCUCUCAAUUACAGUCUGACUGUCGCGGAGGUGCAGAAGUUUUGCACGACACGAAAAACUUUACUUCCAUCAGCAGUACAGGCAACUGUAUCAACACAUUGCCGCAAUAAGAAAGAGAUGACUCUCGCAGAGUUCGCUAUCUUUUUGUCUGUACUGAACAAUCUAUCUUCGAACGGAGCUGUUGACUAUUUUUUCAGUGUGGUCGACGUAGACCAUGACGAAUACUGGACGAUACCGGAUCUGAGGGAGUUCCAUAUGGAGAAAGAGAAACUAUGGCUGAAGGACGGGAUGGCAGUGAGCGACCUGGUAGAUAUCUGGGUGAAUCUAACUGAUAUGGUACGUCCUAAGAAACCAGGACGAGGAAUUUCAAGACGAGAGUUUCUGAACCUGGGAACCAAGGAACGGAAACUUGUGAUGCAGAGCUUACUGUUUGUAGAUGAUGACUGCUCUGUUCUCAAUAUCAGGCGAACAAUGGAGCUAAAUGAGGAACAGUAGAUUUUAAUUGUGCGCAAGCAUAAAUUCACGCCCUUCGUUGCAGGUUAGGAUACGGACAGGUCACAAUCUGCCGAGGAGUUUGAUGAAUACGAAACGUGAAUGGCAUCAUUUUUGUGCGCAGUACUGUGCUACUCAUGAAUAACAACUUUUCACCCACUGAGAACCAAUUAAACUUGAGAAAUAGGUUUUC